AUGCGCUGCGCCCGCCGCACCGGAGGGAAGCUCCCGCUCGAGGCCGUGCAGGUGGUGCUGGAGGAGCUCCGCAAACAGGGGAACCUGGAGUGGCUGGACAAGAACAAGUCCAGCUUCCUGGUCCUGUGGCGCCGGCCGGAGGACUGGGGCAGGCUCAUCUACCAGUGGGUAGUGAAGAACGGCCUGACGAACUCUGUGUUCACGCUGUACGAGCUGACGAGCGGCGACGAUACGGAGAACGAAGAGUUCCAUGGCUUGGACGAGUCGGUGCUGCUCCGGGCUCUGCAGGCCCUGCAGCAAGAGCACAAAGCUGAGAUUAUCACGCUGGACGAUGGCCGAGGAGUCAAGUUCUUCUAACAGGAGCCUCUUCCUCCCGCCCUCCUCUGGCUGCUGAAGCGUUUCCAGCUGGGAAGGUCCCAUCCCUUGGCCUGGUUCUGAGCAGCAGCUGCAAACUUCAGAUUCCUUGGGGCAAGGAGAGCGUGUGAAGCCUUCGGAAGCCGUGACCACUUGGAGAUGCUCAGAGAUGCUCUGUCUUUGCUUUCUCCCCGUUCAUUUCCGCUUGCGAGGUCAAAGCUGCUCCCAGCAGCUCCCAAAGGCUCCACACCGCAAGCGGAGAGCAAGGACCCUCACUCCUCGCGCUGCCCGUUCCCCGGAGAGCGGCCGUAGCGGGAUCUGCCAUGGCCGGGCCGCGGGGGCUCCUGGCGCGUCCCGCUCGGCCCUCGCCGCAGCCUCGGGAACCUGAGCGGGAGCGCGA